AUGACAGUAAAAGGUGUGACUAGUCGAGUAUCUUGCGCUGCAUGCAAGUAUCAAAGAAGAAAAUGCACUUCACAGUGCGUUUUAGCUCCUUAUUUUCCAGCAAAUCAACCCAAAAAGUUCCAGAAUGCGCAUCGGCUGUUUGGUGUACGUAACAUCGUGAGGAUAUUGGAACAAUUAGACGAUGAAGAUCAAAAAGCAGAUGCCAUGAAAUCCAUUAUUUUCGAGUCCGAUAUGAGGGAGAAGUUCCCCGUCUAUGGGUGUGUGGAGUGUAUUUUUUAUCUUCGUCAACAGUUGCAGAUUGCUCUACAAGAACUUCAAUACGUAAACGCGCAACUACAUAUCUAUAGACAGCAACAACAACAUUCUAGUGAGAGUUCUGUUAACAAUGGAAGGUUGAGUAUGCUUCCAUUUUUCUCUAGUACUGAAGCUGAAUCCAUUAGUCAAGGAAUCACAUAUUCUGAUUUUGAUGUAUCGAAUUAG